UCGUGCUGCAUGGAGGGCUCGGGGGGGUCUUUUCCCCCCGCCUCCCCCCUCGAUGAAUUGAAGCGGUGAUGCAGGAGGCUGCUGGCCGCUUCGGCUGUACGGAGAGACACAGGCUCAAGAUGGCAGAUUUCUAUUGAGUUUAAGGGGGGGGGACCUGAAUCCUGCUUCAUUUUCCCUUCGUUGCCAUGAAUAACAGACAUUCUUGCACCGAUGGCCCCCAUGUACGAAGGUAUGGCCUCACAUGUGCAAGUUUUCUCCCCUCACACCCUUCAAUCAAGUGCCUUCUGUAGCGUGAAGAAACUGAAAGUGGAACCAAGUUCUAACUGGGAUAUGACCGGGUACGGCACACAUAGCAAAGUCUACAGCCAGAGCAAGAACGUGCAAUCCUCUCAAGCAGCUGCCGCCAUCAACGCCUCUCUCCAGAUCCCCAACCCCAGCAUCCCUUACGAGCAGACCAUCAUCUUCCCAGCCAGCACGGGGCACAUCGUGGUGACAUCCGCCAACAGCACCUCUGGUGUGGUCGCAGUAUCUGGGCAAGCACUGGGUGGACCACACAACCUGAUGCGUCGAAGCACUGUGAGCCUUUUGGACACCUACCAAAAAUGUGGACUUAAGCGCAAAAGUGAGGAAAUUGAGAACACGAGCAGCGUUCAGAUUAUCGAAGAGCAUCCACCAAUGAUUCAGAACAAUGCCAGUGGGGCCACGGUAGCCACCACCACCACGUCCACGGCCACAUCGAAAAACAGUGGCUCCAACAGUGAAGGGGAUUACCAGCUGGUACAACAUGAAGUGCUGUGUUCCAUGACCAACACGUAUGAAGUAUUAGAAUUCCUUGGCCGUGGAACCUUUGGGCAAGUGGUCAAAUGCUGGAAACGUGGCACCAAUGAAAUUGUGGCCAUUAAGAUCCUUAAAAACCAUCCUUCUUAUGCCCGGCAAGGUCAAAUCGAAGUUAGCAUUCUGGCCCGGCUAAGCACUGAAAGCGCAGAUGAUUACAACUUCGUCCGAGCCUACGAAUGUUUCCAGCACAAGAAUCACACCUGCCUCGUCUUUGAAAUGUUGGAACAGAACCUCUAUGAUUUUCUAAAACAAAACAAGUUCAGCCCGUUGCCACUUAAGUACAUCCGGCCAAUCUUACAGCAGGUAGCCACGGCCCUAAUGAAAUUGAAAAGCCUGGGCUUGAUUCAUGCAGACCUCAAACCAGAAAACAUCAUGUUGGUGGAUCCAUCUCGGCAGCCAUACAGGGUCAAGGUCAUUGACUUUGGUUCCGCUAGCCACGUGUCUAAGGCUGUGUGCUCAACUUACCUUCAGUCCAGAUAUUACAGAGCCCCUGAAAUCAUCCUCGGUUUACCCUUCUGCGAAGCGAUUGACAUGUGGUCGCUGGGUUGUGUCAUUGCAGAACUGUUCUUGGGCUGGCCUUUAUAUCCAGGAGCUUCAGAAUAUGAUCAGAUCCGAUACAUUUCACAGACCCAGGGCUUGCCGGCGGAGUAUCUGUUAAGUGCAGGGACGAAGACAACGAGGUUCUUCAACAGGGAUACAGACUCACCGUAUCCACUGUGGAGGCUAAAGACACCAGAUGAUCAUGAGGCAGAGACAGGGAUCAAGUCAAAGGAAGCGAGAAAGUAUAUUUUCAAUUGUUUGGAUGAUAUGGCACAGGUGAACAUGACAACAGACUUGGAAGGAAGUGAUAUGUUGGUGGAAAAGGCAGACCGGCGGGAGUUCAUAGACCUGUUAAAGAAGAUGUUGACGAUAGAUGCAGACAAGAGGAUAACGCCAAUUGAAACGCUCAACCACCCAUUUGUCACCAUGACACACCUGCUUGAUUUCCCCCAUAGCACACAUGUCAAGUCCUGUUUCCAGAACAUGGAGAUUUGCAAGCGGCGGGUGAACAUGUAUGACACAGUCAAUCAGAGCAAGACACCGUUCAUCACCCAUGUGGCCCCAAGCACAUCAACCAAUUUAACCAUGACCUUCAACAAUCAGCUCAAUACGGUCCAUAACCAGGCCACCAACCUGGCUUCCACCUCCACCACCAGUGCCACUAUUUCCUUAGCCAACCCUGAAGUCUCCAUACUAAACUACCAAUCUGCACUCUACCAGCCCUCGGCAGCAUCCAUGGCCGCGGUGGCCCAGAGGAGCGUGCCCCUGCAGACGGGAACGGCGCAGAUUUGUGCCCGGCCUGACCCCUUCCAGCAAGCGCUCAUUGUGUGUCCUCCCGGCUUUCAAGGGCUGCAGACGUCUCCUUCUAAGCAUGCUGGGUAUUCUGUGCGGAUGGAGAACGCCGUUCCAAUCGUCACUCAGGCUCCAGGGGCUCAGCCCCUUCAGAUCCAGCCAGGACUCCUAGCACAGCAAGCCUGGCCCAGCGGUACCCAGCAAAUCCUGCUCCCUCCUGCUUGGCAGCAGCUGACUGGAGUCGCCACCCACCCCUCAGUCCAGCAUGCUACCGUCAUCCCCGAGACCAUGGCAGGGGCCCAGCCGCUGACAGACUGGAGAAAUACUCAUGCUCAUGGUAGCCAUUACAAUCCCAUCAUGCAACAGCCUGCACUUUUAGCCAGUCAUGUCACCCUUCCAGCAGCCCAGCCCUUGAAUGUGGGUGUAGCUCAUGUCAUGAGACAACAACCGACCAGCACCACCUCCUCUCGGAAGAAUAAACAGCACCAGUCAUCCGCAAGGAACAUGUCCAGCUUCGAGGUGUCCUCCUCUCAGACCAUCAGUUCCCCACAGAGGUCUAAGCGAGUGAAGGAGAACACCCCGCCUCGCUGUGCCAUGGUGCAUAACAGCCCUGCCUGCAGCACCUCGGUCACGUGUGGGUGGGGUGAUGGGGCUUCCAGUACCACGCGGGAGCGGCAGCGACAGACGAUAGUCAUUCCUGACACGCCCAGUCCUGCCGUGAGUGUUAUCACCAUCAGCAGUGACACCGAUGAGGAGGAGGAGCAGAAACAUGCACCGACCAGCCCCGUGUCUAAGCAAAGGAAGAACGUCAUCAGCUGUGUGACUGUGCAUGAUUCCCCCUACUCUGAUUCCUCUGGCAACAACAGUCCCUAUGCAGUGCAACGCCGUGGAGGAAACAACAACGGAAACAGCUAUGAUACGAAAGGCGCACCAGAAACACAUUGCAAUGGCAAUCCCCGGACGAUCAUUGUUCCACCACUGAAAACUCAGGCCAGCGAGGUGUUAGUCGAGUGCAAUAGCUUGGUGCCAGUCACUACCAGUCACCAUUCAUCCUCCUACAAGUCAAAGUCCUCCAGCAUUGUGACCUCCACCAGUGGUCACUCUUCAGGGAGCUCAUCUGGAGCCAUCGCCUACAGGCAGCAGCGGCCAGGACCACAUUUCCAGCAGCAGCAGCCUCUUAAUCUCAGCCAGGCCCAGCAGCACAUCACGACCGACCGCACAGGGAGUCACCGUCGACAGCAAGCGUACAUCACCCCAACGAUUGCUCAGGCGCCAUAUUCCUUCCCACACAACAGCCCCAGCCACGGUACAGUCCAUCCCCACCUGGCGGCGGCGGCGGCGGCUCAUCUCCCCACGCAACCUCAUCUCUACACGUACACUGCACCCGCUGCCUUGGGCUCCACAGGCACCGUGGCCCAUUUGGUGGCUUCCCAAGGUUCCGCUCGGCACACCGUGCAGCACACUACGUACCCAGCCAGCAUCGUCCACCAGGUUCCUGUCAGCAUGGGUCCUCGCGUCCUUCCAUCGCCCACCAUCCACCCGAGCCAGUAUCAGGCUCAGUUUGCCCACCAGACCUAUAUCAGUGCGUCUCCAGCCUCAGUCUACACUGGAUACCCCCUGAGCCCCACCAAGGUCAACCAGUACCCUUACAUCUAAACACUGGAAUGGGAAAAGGACAUGGCACACACUGAGGGGAGGGAGGCCGGUUUUUUACUGAAGAGAAUAAACAGGACAAUGGACAAUGCAGCGGGAGGCUCGAAACAAAACUUGAACAAAGGAGACUGAGUAAAGAAAUGAGAGAGGGAGAAGAAGGCAAAGAGAAAAGGAGAUACCUGUUGUACACGUUUUAUUUAAAAAAAAUGAAAAAGGAUAAAAAGAACGAAAAACAAAAAUACAAAAAAACAUUCUGCACCGGACUCAGUGGUGGAAGAAGCAAAAGGGCCACCAUUCUCCGGUCCUGGGG